UAAAACAAACCGAGCCAGCGCCGAGCUCCCACUCAAUCCAAUUAAGGCGGACUUGAGGCGCGCUCCCACGUCUUGAUCGAGCAGAGUCGAGCUUUGGCCGAGAGAAGAGGAGAGGAGAGAGAAGGACAGACUGCCUUGCCUUCUAAUUUCUCCCUCUCCAGCCUCAAACAAUGUCGAUGAGCCCCAAGCAGACGACUCCUUUUUCUGUGUCCGAUAUCCUGAGUCCCCUCGAGGAGAGCUAUAAGAAAGUGAGUAUGGAGAACAACAACCUGGGGGCGCCGCUGCCCUCCUACCGGCAGCCGCAGGUGUCUCAGGCCGCCAUGCAGCAGCACCACAUGGGCCACAACGGCUCGGUGUCGGCGGCGUACCACAUGACGGCGGCGGGGGUGUCGCAGCUGUCUCACUCCGCCAUGGGGGGGUACUGCAACGGCAACCUGGGCAACAUGGGGGAGCUGCCCUCCUACCAGGACGGCAUGAGGGGCAGCGCCGCGGCCACCGGCUGGUACGGCGCCAACCCGGACCCGCGCUUCUCCACCAUCUCCCGCUUCAUGGGCUCGUCGUCCGGCAUGAACAUGGGCAGCAUGGGCAGCCUCGGCUCCCUGGCGGACGUGGGGAAGGGCAUGAGCUCCCUGUCCAGCACGCCCAGGCGGAAGCGGCGCGUGCUCUUCUCCCAGGCGCAGGUGUACGAGCUGGAGCGGCGCUUCAAGCAGCAGAAGUACCUGUCCGCGCCGGAGAGGGAGCACCUGGCCAGCAUGAUCCACCUGACGCCGACGCAGGUGAAGAUCUGGUUCCAGAACCACCGCUACAAGAUGAAGCGGCAGGCGAAGGACAAGGCGUCGCAGCAGCACCUGCAGCAGGACGGCGGCGCGUGCCAGCAGCAGCAGCAGCAGCAGCAGUCCCCGCGCAGGGUGGCCGUGCCCGUGCUGGUGAAGGACGGGAAGCCGUGCCAGGCCAGCGGCCACACGCCCACGUCCUCCGCGCAGACGCACCACCAGCAGGGCGCCAACGUCAUGAUCAUGUCCAGCAACGCGCACCAGAGCCAGCAGGUGGGCAGCACGGGUCACUCCCCGGACUUGGCCUCGUCCAGUCCGCCCAUGCAGGGCGGGGUGGGCGGCCUGUCCCACCUCAACUCCCCCGGCGCGGAGUACGGCUCGGCCCUGCAGUGCUCCGCGCUGCUGUACGGCCGGACGUGGUGACAGGAGGCGCCGCGGCGGCCCGCGCGCACGAAGCUUGUCUGUUUUUAAAGAUUAUUGUUGAAACGAACGAACGUCAAGAAGAACAAAAUCCGCCGUUUUUCAGAGAACUAAACUUUCCCGGAUGAGAAAAUGUUGGGAAUUAUUUAUGUAAAUUAUAUUCAGAUAAAAAGGAAAACCCAACCGGGCGCACGAGCACGAGCACGAGUGGACUGCUGCCCCCCCCACGGACACGAACUCACGCUCCGGUUUAUGCUAGAAUCUGUAGAGUAGCGUGUUUGCUGUGGAGCUCUGACUCUGUUGUACAGGAAGAAGUUCUGGAGCUUUCGCUCUUUGUUGUCGUUUCUGGUCUUUGUACGUUUUUUUUCUUUGUAACUUAAAUAGAAAAUUGACAAAAUAGUCCUAUAAAUAAAUUAUGGAGAAAACAGAACGUUUCUGACAUAUGUUAAUGAGGAAGGUGCUGCAGAUAUUUAAUUCUCAUUAUUUCUUUAAACACAUUUUAUGUCCUAAAUGCGGUUUUUCCAAAAGAAGCGGCUU